AAGCUCGUUCAUUAGCACACACCGCACACUUCAAUACACCGCCGGAGCAAGAGAGUGAGUGUAACAGAGCGAAGAAUCAUAUCAUGGAAUCGCGCACCAAGCUUGUCAUUGUAGCUCUGGUCCUGCUAGCCGCCGUGGCGAGCCAUCCCGCAGCUGCCGGAAGCUCGGCCAUGUGCGGCAUGUCCAAAGAGGGCUUUGAGUCGUGCAGGCCAGCCGUGAGCAUCUCGAACCCGACCGACCCGACCCGCGGGUGCUGCACGGCUCUGGCGGACGCGGACCUCAACUGCCUCUGCUUCUUUAAGUACGCCAAGACGUUGCUGCAGACUUACCAGAUCAACCCCGACCUGGCGGCUCAGCUUCCCGUCAAGUGCAACCUCGUCCCCUCCUUCCACUGCUGAAAACCGGCGACAUCCGCACCCGCGUAGACGCACGGGGCCUUGAAAUAAAACCCGCAGGCCUAAAGCAUUUUGGGUGCUUGUUGUUUCGUAUCGUGCGUGAUGUCUGUGUGCCUUUUGCUAUGUGUUGGAUUGACGUAACGUUGUUAUUUUCAGUUGCUUCUUUUUUCCAACUAUUAUUGUUGUUGUUUCCACGUUGUGUAAGAAUGUCAUGUAAUGAGAUCUGUUUUGAGUGCA